GAGCGCCUGGUGAACGCGCCGCAGAUGCAGCGCGAUCUGCAGCGCGCGCGCGAGGAGAACGCGUAUCUGCGCGCGCAGCUCAAGCAGCAGGGCGCGGCCGGCACCGGCGCGCUGCCGUCGCGAGACAGCGCCAAGAAGACGCGCGCCAAAGACGACGCGGCCGACGCCGACUUCGACCGGGCGCUGGCGCGGCGGCAGGCGCGUCUGGACUCGGCCGCCACCAGCAGCGGGAGACUGGCCGCCAACCUGGAGCUCAAGAGCGCCAACGACCGCGUGGCGCAGCUGGAGCGGCAGCUCCUGGACGCCGAGGAGACCAUCUGCCACCUCAAGGCCGAGAAGCUCGCGGCGGUGCGAGACGUCGAGCGGCUCAGCGCGGCCAGAGAGCGGCGAGGUACCAGCAGGAGAGAGGACACCGAGGAGCAGCGCAGACUCGUGCUGGAGCUGGAGACGAGGUUGGCCGAGCAGAAGCAGGCCCACGCCCUCGAGCAGGAGCAGCGCAUGGCCGUCAUUAGGGACCAGGAGCUGGAGCUCAAGACGCUGCGCGCGCAGUUGGAGGAGAAGACGCAGCAAUACAAGGAGCUGCGGCAGCGACACAUCGACCUGCUGGAGCUGGACGACCAGGUCAUGGUCAAGCAGAGCGUCACCAGCGGCCAAAGUCAGUUCAGCAUCUACGGAGAAGACAGCGACGAGGACGAGGACGCCAAAGCGACCAAGCCUAAAAAGGAUAAGACUGGGCGCGCGCGAGCCCCCGCUGAUGCGGACUCAAUUGACCCCAAGUGGAAAGAGGAGCUGGUGCGCCACCCGACGCCGCACUUCGACCUCGAGUCGCCGGAAGUCGCCUACAUCCUGCGCGCGUGGACGAAGAACAUCAAGAAGAUGCGCUACUUGCGCCGCUGGCUCAUACAGGUGGUGUCCACGAAGGGCCCGCUGCCGGAAGACUUCCCCAUGGGCGUUGAGCUGCCUCGCCUGCCGCCGGAGGUGCGAGACGGGUUCCUCACCCUUAUACUGCCGCUGCUGCGAAAGCAGACCCAGCGAGAGAUCCUAGCUCACUCCCGUCUGUACAAUGACGGAGUUCACACCGAUUUGCGUUUCCGUGUUGUGCCGCGUGAUUAA